AUGAUUCAGCAACUCCUCCGGGGACAAGCAAGUGGCUCCAUGGACAAUGCUAAGAAGUUUGCUGAGCUGACUCAGAGAUUGGACUGCUCAUACAAUGAUCUGAAUAUGAAGAUUGAGACUCUGAAUUCCAAGAUCAAGUAUAUGGAGGGCAAAACUGCUUCUACUUCUGCCACAAAGCCUGGCCAACUCCCAGGAAAAGCUGUUCAGAAUCCUAAGGAGUUUGCUCAUGCCAUCACGCUGAGGAGCGGUAAAAACUUGCCUCCAAGACAAGGACCUGUUGUAGUCACUGAGGACAGUGAAGACUUGGAAGGGGAGGAUGUAUAUCAGAGUGAAGAUCCGGUUGUACCUGAAGAAACUCCUCAACCUGCUGAAAAACAUGCUGAAACACUUGCAGCCUCCAAGGAUAAGCCUGUGAGAUACGUUCCCCCACCAUACAAACCACCUCUACCAUUUCCAGGACGAUUCAAAAAGCAGCAAACUGAGAAGUAUAAGGCUUUAUUUGAAAAGCAAGUGAAGGAGAUUGAGUUGAGAAUGCCAUUGCUAGAUGCAUUCGCACUUGUCCCUCCUUAUCAGAAGUUCCUCAAAGAUUUGGUUAUGGAGAGAGCAAAAGAAGUCCAAGGCAUGGUGAUAUUGAGUCAUGAAUGCAGUGCAUUCAGAAGAAAAUUACUCCCUUGA